CGAAAUACCACCUGCCUUGGCUCUUUUAUUGCGCCUCAUCCCUCCAAAAUUCCCGGCAUCGUCUACCCCUCCCCCAGACUGAUACUAAUAAUACGCAUAGACAAACAAAUCCUUUGCGCCUGCUAGUUCUUGUUUGUUUGUUUAUAUUGAGUUGGUUCACCACGCCGUUCACUUUCACGUUCACCACUCCAACUCGUCUGGCCCUUCAGGCAUCAUGGCGCGUCUGAAUACGCGUCUUUCCUCAACUCCCCAGACCGGUCGAUCCUCCACAGUGGAUUCUCUUUAUAGAGACCCAACACCAGCAUCUCAUCAACGCGUAAACGGCUUCAACGGCGCAUCCCGGCUCUCUUCUUAUUCCGUCGUCAGCCCCGCGCCGUCCUCCAGCUCAGAUAAGGAAAAUAAUAUCCCAGACUCGCGAGAAAACACGCCAAAGCCUACCCAGAGCAACAGAAGCCGCUUGGACACAACUCGUUUGAUGACACCCACCUCUGGUGGAUCUUCCUCGCGAUCCCAUACCGGCCAUGGGAACAAAAGGCGACGAACAGGAGAUUAUAGUCUUGAGGGGUCGUCGCCAGGGAUAUAUGAAGACGAGGACGCUUCCGAGGAAGGCGACAAUGUGAAUGGAACCCCUACGGGGGAUGACAUACACGAGGAUGAAGGGGGUGACGAGGAUGAUGAGGAAAACACGAAAUACUAUGAUCCUCAACAGGACCCUGAACUUCGCCGACAGGUCCGAGCCAAUAUCCGGAAGAAUCACCGAGAAAUGGAGGACAAUCGCGACGAGCUUAUCAAGCCGGACAACAACCUGCUACUCACCCAUCUGAGGAAGCAAGAUCAUUAUAUGGGCAAAGUAAAGCAGACUGCCGAUGCUGCUUUGGACGCGCGUGUCAUUGUCUUUGCUAGUGAUCUUGCAAACAAGAAGCUGAACAACAGUCUGAACGGAAACAAUGGCGUUGGUAUCGAUAUUGACCAAUUCGUAUCGCGAUGCAUCCAUUUCAUGAAUUCUGGGGGAGACAUUGUCAACGACGAUGAUUCACGAACACAGACUCGACGUGGUGGUUUUCAGCAAGAUGAAGAUGAAUCUGGGGACGGCUUGGAUUGGGGUGUCUUGGGCAGGGGCGCCUGUUAUCCCAACAAUGUGCGCCCGCCUGUAUCAAGCUUCCUGUUAGGGCCUCUUUCUGUUCAGAGACGCGCAAGAACUACUCAGGCGCGUCGCGCUCGUUCACAGCGCCAGCCUUUAGGUCCAGCGACGCGCCCGCAAGAGCUAUCGCAAUCGGAUAUCAAACAGUCCGAAAACGCGAACCUGUCGCACAUGGUGAACCGCAUACGCACGAUACUGAAAGAUCAUAUCGACAAAGGCGUUGAGCGUGUGGAAGAAGAGCUCAACGAGAUCGAUGGCGACCCAGAUUCUGAGGAUGAGGCAGCGGCUUGUCGACGGCAUCGCGUCCAGAGAACAGAAGCAAACGAACCAGCCGUGUCUCUAUUUGACUUCGCUAUAAACCCGAAUUCGUUCGGACAGACGGUGGAGAAUCUGUUCUACGUUAGCUUUCUGAUUCGUGAAAGUAACGCUAGUAUCGAGCAAGAUGGGGAUGGUCUGCCAGUUCUCGUACCCGCACAGCCAUACUCGGUCCAAGAGCAGCGCGAGCGAAAGAUCGAGAAACAUCAAGCAGUGUUCAGAAUCGACUGGCCGACAUGGAAAGAACUGAUCGACGCCUUCGACAUCAAGACCUCACUCAUCCCCCACCGAGUCGACGAGGAAACAAACGUGACCUCAGGGGGCUGGUACGGUUGAUUCAUUCCAACCAACCUUCCAAUUUCCCAGCUUCCAUUAUACCCAUGAUCCCGCAUCCGUGGAGUUCGCGAACCCCAGUUUUAUGUUGGAAUACAUACAUUGUAGACCAGAGCAUUGUCUUCAAUAUGCAAGACGGCCGAACACCCUUCACUUCUUUUACGAUACCCAAUAUUGAUAUGUAGUGCCUUUUAUGUUUUUGUUGUUCGAACUUUUGAUUCUUCAUGUUAUCUUAGAUGUAGUUCAUAUUUGUCGAUGCCGUAGAUGGUAGGAUGCAGUGCACGACAUACCGUAUCUGACUCUUGUGCAAUGAAGACAGAUUUCAAGUCUACCUUAUUCGUUCGUACGUUCGUUCUCAUGCGUGCUGUUUGACCUGCAAUCUGCAAUCUGCAAAACACACUUUCAUCUGUGAAGCGCAUCAAAGAGCGCUCUGCAUCUG